AACUCAUUGGCUGGUAUGCUGACCGAAGUUCUCUCAGCGAAAUGAGUUACUACGGACAGGGAUAUCCAGGACCAGGGGGUAACCCUCCCCAGCAACAUCCAGGUGCCCCCUAUGGAGGUGGUGUACCGCCAGGUGGUCCUGUUGGAGGACCCUAUGGGGGUCCAGCUCCACGUGCAGGUGCCGCAUACGGUGGUGCACCAGGUAGACAAUAUGGAGGGGCUGCACCUGGAGCACCCUAUGGAGGCUAUGGCCCACCUGGUUCCAGUGGUCAGUUUGGACCUGCAGGUGGUGCACCUGGAGCACCUUAUGGAGGGGGGCAAGCCCCAGGUGCCCCCUACGGAGGAUAUGGACAGCCUCAUGGAGGACCAUAUGGCCAGCAGAUUCCGGGAGGUAACAUCCCACCAGGAGUUAACCCCGAGGCCUAUCAGUGGUUUCAGUCUGUUGACACCGAUCAUAGCGGCUACAUCAACCUUAAGGAGCUGAAGCAGGCCCUUGUCAACUCCAACAACUCAGCCUUCAAUGACGAGACUUGCAUGAUGAUGCUCAAUAUGUUUGACAAGACCAAAUCUGGGCGCAUGGAUGUAUUUGGAUUCUCAGCUCUCUGGAUGUUCUUGCAGCAGUGGCGGGCACUGUUUAACCAGUUUGACCGUGACCGUUCAGGUUCCAUUAACAGCAAUGAGAUGCACCAAGCACUCUCUCAGUUGGGUUAUAACCUGAGCCCCCAGUUCAUUCAGACCUUGGUGAGUCGCUUCACUGUCCGUGGCAUGAAUAAUGCCCUCCAGCUUGACCGCUUCAUCCAGGUGUGCACCCAGCUGCAAAGCAUGACCCAAGCCUUCCGUGAGAAGGACACCGCCAUGACUGGCAACAUACGCAUGAGCUACGAGGACUUUCUGUUCAGCGCUAUUACACGACUUAUGUGAAGAUUUGCAUGAGAAUUUCAUUAGAUGGUUAGUGAUUGCAUCAGUGGAAGAGGACCACUCGCUGUUGAUGCCAAAGACCAAAUUGGCAUUCCAUUUGCCACUGUGUAACCCCUGCAACAGUGCCUUCCACUGCAACUUACCUCACCCACCCCACUUCUUGUACAUUUGCACUCCUACUGCUGGCCCUACUUUGGACAGGUCCGUAGUUAUUACUUAAUCUGUAUGAUCGCUCUAAUGUAAAAUACAAGUUGCAGAAACAUGCUAACAAAUAGCAUUUAGUUAUCCGCUUAAACUGGGAAUGUGCCAUAGAUUGUUUGUACUAGAAGUGGUACAUGCAGGGUGCCUCUCUUGCUUUUUUAUUUUUAACUGCCUUAUGAUUGAAAUGCAAAAAGUGAAGUAGUUCAUUCAUGGGGUGAAGUUGCAUUAUAUUGUCUGUUGCCAUCAUGCAUCUUGUAGAGCACCUUUUUAUGAAUUGUAUUAUGCUAUAUUUUAGCUACAUUUAAUAAAUUCAUAGCUUCUAAAUUAUAUAUAAAACACUCGCUCAAUUAACCUAAUAACCCAUGGGCAGGACGCUUAUGAGCUUAAACCUGAGCUAAUUGUGACAAAUGUUGAUGUGUUUGAGCAAUUUGACAGUGUUUCAGUUUUUUUUUUUAAUCUUAUCAACAAGUGUCAUGUAAAACAGACUCUUUCAUCAGUAGUGUAAGGACCAAUGUUAUUUUUCUGCUUUGUGCCAAAAUAUUUAUUCGCCUGUUUUUCAAAUAAAGGUGAAUACUGGUUGGUUUA